CAAAGCGUUUACUCUCCUCUCCCCCUCCGCCGCCCUUGCUGAAACGCUCCCCUUCUGAGCGUUCUUGCUUGAGCGUUCUUGCUUCUUCGCUCUCCCUCUUGAUUUCGUGUGGUAAGCCGUUUCCUCUCCUCCGCCGCAGCAUCCGUAUCUAUUUCCGUUUCAGAGAAGAUCGUGUCUCAUCAUUCAUCAUUCAUCAAACUACCACCGUUUCAAAUGAGAUCGUGUAUCAUUAUUUCUUUAAUCAAAUGUACUGGCUGCCGCUUCCUCUACCCUCAUUGCUGCUACAUUCUUGCCUAUAUAUUUCAUCCAUCCCUCAGAUCAAAACCAUCAUGUGAUAGGAAUCGACGCUCACAUUCCCACGAUCUGGACGUUUUCUUCUUCCUAGGGGUUUCAGCAAUGGCCGCACCUGUUAGCAUUGAUAUUAAUUUUCGCCGUCUACUCCGCAAGAUCUGCGCUAAAUUUUCGCUUAAUCCUCCAAGUUAUGGAAUGACAUUAGAUGCGGACUUGCGAUUUUGUUCUUACGUCGAUGUGGAAAUUCCAAGAAAUAGCCGAAUCAUAGAAGUCAUUACAAGUUGGGGUGCACCGUCUUCGAAUGCUAAUCGUACCAAAGAGGAUGCUGCAAGGAUUGCUAUUGGGAGGCUUCGCAACGAGUUACGCUUUGAAGUUAAGGACACAAAUUACGAGGAAAGAAAAUCUUUAAGAGGUUUAUACGAUCAGCUUUGUCACGAUCAUGAAGAGCUUCGCGACGAAUAUGAAAUGCUUAAGUUAGACUACGACCUUCUCAGAAGGUUCUAUAAUUCUUUGGUCGUAGAAAGGGAUCGAAUUGUUGCCGACUUGGAAGAAUUGAAGGAAAACAUUGAUAAAUGUUUUGAAAUAAUUCACGAGCCCAACGUUGUUCCAAUGGAUGGUGAGUCGGCGGCAAACCCUGAUGAACAUGUGAUGCCGCCUUCUCCAGAUCAUUCGCCUACCGUAUGUGGUCCGGAGCAUACUAUGAUAACCGAUGAGGACCCGGAUGAGGACCCGGAUGAGGACCCGAAGACACCUUUUGACUGCAAAACCUAAACUUAUUCUGUCAUCUUUUUUCUCUUUCAAAUGGUGUCGUCCUUCCUUAUUCUGUCAUCUUUUUUCUCCUUUUCAAAUGGUGUCGUCCUUCCUUAUUCUGUCAUCUUUUUUCUCCUUUUCAAAUGGUGUCGUCCUUCCUUAUUCUGUCAUCUUUUUUCUCUUUUUUUUAGGAUUUUCCUUCUGUUUGCGUUGUAAGUAGCUAAGUUUUAUGUUUUUUGUGUUUUCAUCUUUUUCUUUCAUAAUAGGAGUUGAUUGCUGUUUGCGUCCUUUUAAUACAGUGUCCUCUUUGUUUUA